AUGGACUACGUCUCCGACAUGAGCCGCGCCGCGCCCAAGGGGCUGUUCCCGCCGGAGCCCGAGAAGUAUACGGGGCUGAAGCUCAAGGUGGCAAUCCUGGGCCCGGGGCUGGCCGGCAUGUCUACCGCCGCCGAACUGCUCGACCAGGGCCACAAGCGCGGAUGCGAGCAGGUGGACAUCUACGAGGCGCGGCCGUUAUUAGGCGGCAAGGUGGCGAGCUUUCAAGACAAGGACGGCAACCACAUCGAGAUGGGGCUGCACGUCUUCUUCGACUGCUACAACAACCUCUUCCGCCUCAUGGCCAAUGCAAGCGCACCCUCUUCUGCCUCAUGGCCAAGGCAAGCGCAACCCGUCUUGCCUCAUGGCCAAGGCAAGCCCACCCUCUUCCGCUUCGUAGCCCAAACACUUCUCACCAUUGGCAAACGAACGAAAAUCAUUUACAGUGCUUUGGCGUUGGUGAUACAUUCCUCGUCACAUCACAUCACAUCAUCACCCGUGCCUCCCCGCUGCGCCUCUCCCAUGCAUGCAUGCGUGCAGCCGGUGGACAAGGCGUUCAACGCGCUGGCACUGGCAACAAGCCCCGUGGUGCGAGCGCUGGUGGACCCCGAGGGCGCCUUCCAGGUCAUCCGCGACCUCGACAAGGCACGCCCCGCCCCUCCCCUCCCCCUCCCACGUCACCCCCCUCCUCCCCUGCGUCACCCCCCUCCUCCCCCCUCCCUCCAUCUCCAUACCCCACCCCACCACUCGCCCCCUCACCUCGGCUAUGCAAGUCCUUGCUCUCUCACCUUGCUGAGAAAGCCAUGCUUAUUUGCAUUCCUGUCCACCGUGAGCUUCAGCGAGUGGUUCACGUCGCACGGCGGCACAAGGGAGAGCAUCAAGCGCAUGUGGGACCCGGUGGCAUACGCGCUGGGGUUCAUAGACUGUGACAACAUCAGUGUGCGCUGCAUGCUCACCAUCUUCGCCUUCUUCGCCACCAAGACCGAGGUAUCCAUGCUGCGCAUGCUCUAUGGCUCGCACGACCGCUUCCUCGCCGACCCGAUCGCCAAAUACAUCACUGACUGCAGAGGCAGGUUCCACGUGCGGCAACUGUGCCAGGAGGUGCUCUACUCCACCGCCGCUGAUGGCUCCACCGUUGUCACUGGCCUGCACAUGAAGCAGACGGGAGGCAAGGGGCACAUUGUGACAGCUGAUGCAUAUGUUGCUGCUCUGGACGUGCCGGGGGCGAAGAGGCUGGUGCCGAAGGAGUGGAGGGAGCGGUGGGGGCAGUUCAGGGACAUCUAUGAGCUGGUGGGCGUGCCCGUCAUCACCGUGCAGCUGCGCUACGAUGGCUGGGUCACUGAGAUGAACGACAUCGAGCUCUCCAGCCGCAUAUUCCCCUCCCUUGCCGCCCUCUGCUACUGUCUUCUUCCCCCCUACAGGCAGCUGGCACUGGCGGCAGGGCUGGACAAUCUGCUCUACUCGCCCGAUGCGGACUUCUCAUGCUUUGCUGACCUGGCGCUCACAAGCCCUAACGACUACUACAAGGAGGGACAGGGCUCGCUCAUGCACCACAUACUCGCCAAUUUAACCUAUCGUCUGUUCACCCCGUCCUGCUUGGCUCAAAUUCGUAGGGGCCUGACACUGCUUUGGCACUCGGUGGUGAAGAUCAACCAGUCGUUGUACCGCGAGGCGCCCGACCUCGACCAGUUCCACCCCGACCAGAAGUCGCCCGUCCCCAACUUCUUCCUCGCCGACUCCUACACCAAACAGGACUACCUAGACAGCAUGGAGGGCGUCACGGUGUCGGGCAGGAAGGCAGUAGCACGCAUCUGUGAGGCGGGGGAGGCCAUUAGUGCACUCGCCUCCUAG